GGAUGUGUGGAGAGUUGAACAUGGGGAGAAAAACCUUACUGGCACAUUCAGGAUUUUAGAAUGGAAAAACUGGAGUUCUUUUGAUCAGGGGCAGCUGCAGGUGGAGUGUGUUUUUGUUGUUGUUUUUUUUCCUCACAAUGUGUGAGGGAUGGAUGUGGGUCGGUUGUCAGUAUAUUUUCGUUACGGAUACAAGGACUGGCAAGUUAUCAGCAUGAAUUACCAAGGGCAGAAAAACUGAUAUCAAUGUUAAAUUCGACUCUGGAGCGAGGACCAUGGCGAAAAGGAAGGGACUGUUAUUUGCACUGCUGUACUUUAUAGCAGAGUUCUGGCUCACUUCGCAGCAGGUCCUGAGAAUUGGCGGCAUCUUUGAGACGCUUGAGAAUGAGCCUAUUAGUGUUGAAGAACUGGCCUUUAAAUUUGCUGUUACCAACAUAAACAGGAACCGGACCUUAAUGCCAAACACCACAUUGACCUAUGACAUCCAGAGAAUUAACCUAUAUGACAGUUUUGAGGGCUCAAGAAGAGCCUGCGACCAGCUGGCUUUGGGCGUCGGGGCAGUAUUUGGCCCCUCUCACAGCUCAUCCGUCAGCGCGGUGCAGUCCAUUUGUAACGCCCUGGAAGUCCCUCACAUCCAGACACGCUGGAAACACCCCUCAGUGGACAACAAAGACAGCUUCUACAUCAACCUCUAUCCGGAAUACACCUCCAUCAGCCGAGCUGUGCUGGACAUAGUGCAGUACUACAAGUGGAAGACGGUCACUGUGGUCUAUGAGGAUGCAACUGGACUGAUUCGUUUGCAAGAGUUGAUCAAAGCUCCAUCCAGAUACAGCAUUAAAAUCAAGAUCCGCCAGCUGCCAACAGGAAGCAAAGAUGCCCGUCCUCUGUUGAAAGAGAUGAAGAAGGGGAAGGAGUUCUACGUCAUCUUUGACAGCUCUUACCAAACAUCAGCCGAUGUUCUCAAGCAGAUCUUGUCCAUGGGGAUGAUGACUGAAUAUUACCACUUCUUCUUCACCACACUGGACCUGUUCUCCCUCGAUCUGGAGCCGUACCGCUACAGUGGGGUUAACAUGACGGGGUUCAGACUGCUCAACAUAGACAGUCCACAGGUGGCCUCGGUGGUAGAGAGGUGGGCCAUGGAGCGACUGCAGUCUCCCUCCAAAGCAGAGACUGGAAUGAUGGAGGGGAUGAUGACAACGGAAGCAGCUCUGAUGUACGAUGCCGUCUACAUGGUGGCUGCGGCCUCGCAACGGACCUCCCAAAUCACUGUCAGCUCCCUUCAAUGCCACCGACAUAAACCCUGGCGCUUUGGAUCACGCUUCAUCAGCCUGCUCAAAGACGCACAAUGGAACGGCUUGACGGGACAAAUAAUUAUAAACAAGACAGACGGCCUGCGGAAAGAAUUUGAUUUAGAUGUCAUCAGCCUGAAGGAAGAUGGCUUGGAGAAGACAAUCGCGGGCAACAACCGCCUGAAUAAAGUGUGGAAAAAGAUUGGCGUGUGGAACUCCCAAACAGGCCUUAAUUUAACAGAAAGCAACAAGGACUCAUCCGCAAAUGUGACGGACUCAAUGGCCAACAGGACCCUCAUUGUCACAACUAUUCUGGAAAAUCCUUAUGUCAUGCAUAAGAAAUCUGAUAAGCCCCUGUAUGGAAAUGAUCGCUUUGAGGGCUACUGCCUGGACCUGCUCAAAGAGCUAUCCAACAUUUUGGGCUUCUCCUAUGAGGUAAAGCUGGUAACCGAUGGCAAAUAUGGAGCUCAGAAUGACAAGGGGGAGUGGAAUGGCAUGGUGCGAGAACUCAUUGACCAUGUGGCUGACCUCGCCGUGGCCCCUCUCACUAUCACGUAUGUGAGGGAAAAGGUGAUCGAUUUCUCCAAGCCCUUCAUGACACUGGGGAUCAGCAUCCUCUACCACAAACCCAAUGGCACCAAUCCAGGAGUGUUCUCCUUCCUCAACCCACUGUCUCCUGAUAUCUGGAUGUACGUGCUACUGGCCUGCCUCGGUGUCAGCUGCGUGCUGUUUGUUAUUGCCAGGUUCACUCCUUAUGAGUGGUACAACCCCCACCCCUGCAACCCAGACUCAGAUGUGGUUGAAAACAACUUCACUCUAAUAAACAGUGUCUGGUUUGGAGUUGGAGCACUUAUGCAGCAAGGAUCCGAACUGAUGCCUAAAGCCCUCUCUACAAGGAUAGUCGGUGGAAUAUGGUGGUUCUUUACAUUGAUCAUAAUCUCCUCUUACACUGCCAACUUGGCUGCAUUCCUCACUGUGGAGAGAAUGGAUUCACCAAUCGACUCUGCAGAUGACUUGGCCAAGCAAACCAAAAUAGAGUACGGUGCUGUAAGAGACGGCUCAACCAUGACCUUUUUUAAGAAAUCCAAGAUCUCAACUUAUGAGAAAAUGUGGGCAUUCAUGAGCAGUAGAAAAAACACGGCUUUGGUGAAAAACAACCGGGAGGGGAUUCAGAGGGUUCUCACCACAGACUACGCUCUUCUGAUGGAAUCGACCAGCAUUGAGUACAUCAGCCAGCGUAACUGCAAUCUCACACAGAUUGGAGGCUUGAUAGACUCAAAGGGCUAUGGAGUGGGAACCCCGAUUGGCUCCCCUUACAGAGACAAGAUCACCAUCGCCAUCUUGCAGCUUCAGGAGGAAGGAAAGCUGCACAUGAUGAAGGAGAAAUGGUGGAGAGGGAAUGGCUGCCCAGAGGAGGACAGCAAAGAGGCCAGUGCUCUGGGUGUGGAGAACAUAGGGGGAAUCUUUAUUGUCCUGGCAGCUGGACUAGUCCUCUCAGUUUUUGUAGCAAUCGGAGAGUUUAUUUACAAAUCCAGAAAAAACUUGGACAUUGAGGAGGUGAGUGUCGGUCAGUGUGAAUGGCACAACAAGUAUUAACACACCGAGGGACUCAAUCGAAGACUGUUCUGAGCCCUGCUACACAUUCCCGUUGUCAUUGUUGUCUUCAGAGGACUACAGUAAUCACUGGGCCAACAGAACUUCGAUGUCUGAAUGUGUUGAAUGGCAUUGUAACAAUCAAAACAGAAAUACUUUUUAACACAAAAUUGUGUUUUAGCACAUGAACAAUUUAGUCUUAAUUGGAAGAAUACAUUUGAAACCCUUUUUAUGAUGACAGAUGGUUGUUGACUUCUGACUUCUUCACACCUGACCUUCUUGGCCUUGCUGUUUUUUGCAAAAAACUGUAUAAUUGUUUUUAUGUGAAAAAAAAGUCAUUUUAAUGCCAUGAUAAUGUGGGUAAGUGAUGGUAAGUGUUAUCUUUUGAGGCACGUUUGCCACGUUCAUUUCAACAACUGCAGUAGGUUUGAGAGUAUUCUGUUAUAAAAUGUUUGCAAUUUUCAUAUUCAUAGCGCACAGAAACUUUGACUUGACAGUACUUCUUACCGCUUUUGUAUGUACUCAUGUAUUUAAAAAAAACAUCUUGAUUUAUUCAAGGGCGGUUGUUUCCACUUUGUUUAUGAAUGACUGUUCCCACAGAGUUGCAUUCAAGUUGCUUGACACUCAGGCCAUCAGUUGCUUACUGUCUAUACUUUUUUGUUGCUUUUGUAUCAUAUGACGUUCAUAAACAUGCAUGUGUAUUUUUCGUCAUGUUGGAAUUGUUUCAGAAUGACUAAAGUUCCGUGAGAACAUUACAUCCUUUAACUUUUUAUUUCUGGUUGUUUUGGUGUUGAUUGCUCCCUAUCUCUGCAUGCACAACCUUUUCCUUUACUGGAUGGAAGUUAUAUAAUUGUGACAAUUGUUAUCACAACUCCACGGCUUCAUUCAUGAAGCGUUUGAGUUACAUCAAGCUCUUGUAAAACUAGUCUUUCAAAUUGCGACUGUCCCAUUUUGAAUAUUUGAUUGUUUUGAUACUUUUGAGGUUUCUUUUUAUCAUUCGUUUUGGCUGUUUCCGGGGGAACAAUUUUCAUGAGUCAUUUCUCAGGUUUGCUUACAUAUUACACCGUAUAUCACCAUGUUUUUAUUUUUGGUAUACAUAGAUGUUGCUUGCAAGUACUUCACUAACAUGCAAGUAUUAUGAAUUUUGCAAAUCUUUAUUUGCAAAAGCAUUUCAAAAACACUAUCUAAAUUGGUUUGCACAGUAAGGCAAGCUAAUCCAAAAUGUAGAGAGAUGGCCUCUGGAUAUAAUGUUAAACGCCACUGACUCAGCAGUAGCGUAUUGCCUCCCUGAAUCGCCUUUCUCAUUGCUUGCUUUCAGCUCUAACCAGAUCCAUAUUCACCUCACUCAGGCUUAGGUUUACAUAACAUCCUCAUUAUGUAGUGGAUUACAAAACAUUUUAAACACUCCUAGUUUAAAGGUGUACAGGCCUUGUGGCACAGAUUAGAAAAUCCUGCAGAUGCAAUUAAUUAUUUCUUUCCCCAAAUCUGACAGGAUUUUAGACUCUACAUUAUAGGUUUGGCAUCACAUGAAGAAUGAUGUGACAGGAUUUUAGGUUUGAAAUAACUAUGCUUGUGAAUAAGGACAAUUGAGUGGGAUUCAUAAACAACAAUUAUGAUCGAUUGGUGCUUACGAUUACUUCGAUUAUGAGAUAUUUUACAGAUUCCUUGCAUUAUACAUACAGCAUUGUUUAAAAAAAAUGCUAAUUUGGAAUUGAAAGCCCAAAUAUUUAAUGAGAAUCGCAGCAUGCACACAAUUACAUUGCAGUUUUGAUCUUCUGAUUUGUAUCACUGGAGAGCAGAUUGAGGUUGAACUGUUCCUGGACACAGUUUUAGUUUAAGAUUUAAAUUUAACUGUUUAACGGAGUUUGAAUGAAUGUUAACCCAUCAAUCUAUUGAGACACAUACAAGACAUUUGACAUCAGGAUUCAUCUGGUGCAGAUUUUAACUAUUUAAGUAACACUAGUGUGUAACGACAGCAAAAAGUCCUUUGCCAUACAAAACAAACCUUAAGAAAAGAGUCUGCACCUAUCAAGGGCAUUAAGUUCUUUUUUAUUAUUUUGAUUUUAAGGCUGUUCUUUUCACCGAUGUAAAUGUAUGAAUAAAGAUGACUCCCAUAUCCCCGUUUAAAAUGUUAUUUUAAAUUCUUCAUAAAGCAGAACCUUCAACCACCAGCACAAGUGCUUCAACUGUGUUGCACAUGUGAAAUGGUCAUCUUUUAAAUUUAUUUGACAACAU